ACUGGUCCAGCCCACCAACUGGGUCUCUCUCUCUGACUCUUAAGUGUGGAGUUACAAACCUGUUCUCUCACUCAGGGACUUUCAACUUCAUCUGAACCUCAAAAUGUCAUAUAAUCUAAUCUGAAGCUCAGAUUCGGAUGUUAAUACAGAAACACAGAAAUGUCUGCUGGAACUGCAUCACUCUGCUCCACUUUGUUUUUCAGCAUCCUCAUUUUCGUCUCUGCAGACCAGAAAACCAUCACAGCUGAGUCUGAACAGAACGUCACUCUGACAUGUCGAGCUCCAAACAACAACAUCAAAUCUGUACAUUGGAGCAGAGCUGACCUGACAGAUGGAUAUGUGCUUUUUUACCAAAAAGGACAGUUUGUUCCAGACAACCAGCAUCCAUCUUUUAUGAACCGGGUGGAUCUGCAGGACAGACAGAUGAAGGAUGGAGACGUGUCUUUGAUUCUGAAGGAUGUGAAACCUGCUGAUAGUGGAAAAUAUGUGUGCCGUGUUUUCAUUGAAGAAACUCGUUCAUGGAAGAACAGCAUCAUCAACCUGAUUGUUCCUCCAGGUGAGAUUUAG